AUGGCCGACCUCGCAGAUGUGCCGGACAUCAUGGGUACGGUGAGGCUUCUCGCAUGUCAGAUUCAGGAUGCGAAGGUGAAGUUGGUGGCGGCGAGGGAGGAAAACGUGGCUCUGCACGCAGUGCAGAUCAGUCUGCUCGAGAACGAGCGCAGGAACGAGCAGAAGAUCAAUGAGCUGAAGUUUCGUCUGACGGACGACGUCCAAACACAGCGUAGGGAGAAAUGGGCACUGGCCAAGCUGUUCAAGUCAGGCAGGGGUGCUAAGAUCGAUCGGUUGAAGAAGCAGGCCGCUGGAGGGUUCGUUCACUUCAAGGGCGGCGGGAAAUACGACCUCAAAGAUGAUGAAGAAGAACGAAAAGCUGGCAUGGGCAAGAGUCUGCGAAGCAUGGCGGCGACCUUCCCAGCUUCACGAACGCAGCCACAAAUUCUUCGAGAGCACCACUGGAGGCUCACUCGAGUCGCGGGUUUGGAGAACGAUGUCGCCGGAGAUGAAGACGAAGAGAUAGAUUUCGACGCCGCCCCAGAGCUCGAAGCUUCGCCACCGGAACCCACGAAGGCGGAACGACACGACUCUCUGCCGGUGGACGCCGCCAUUCCCAGCCAACGCGACAGGUUGAAGCGUAGGCGAUCCGAUUUUGCAGACCCUCGCCGCGGCUCGCAUCACGACCAGACCUUCAUGGAGUUCGCCAAGACCAAGAGACCACGGUAUGAAUACCGACCGGGGAGGCUCCCCCGCAAGCCAGUCUGCGUGACAUGCUGGAAGGAAUCUGGGCUGUGCGACCGCCUCUCACAGUGUCUCAGGUGCCAAACCAAGGGUGAACUGUGUGUUCGCAAACCGUGUGCGGAUGAAUGGUGCCAGUCCGACCGCUGUCCAUGCUUGCACCGGGGCCAGUGGGACGAGACGGAUGAGUCGUGGAUCGUCGAGAAAGGUCGGAUGCCCCAGAAGGAUAAGGACUUUGUCAGACCCAUCAAGGGAGGCUACUGGAGGCCCGGGGAUGAUGAUCAAAUCCGUCCAGCUCAAGGCAAGGACGAACGCUCAGAGCUGCGAGUGACGAAGUAA